AUAAGAAAAAUAAAAAACAAAUUCCUAAUAGGUAGUAAUCAUGUGAAAAAAAGGGCGUCAGACGGGAAAAGCUCAUCAGUGACUACCGGCUGCUCCUGUCCCCCUGUGCGAGCUCAGUCGAGCAUUUUUGGCGUCGCCGAAGCCGCUCCCUCGCCCCAGAACGCAGGAAGCCGAUUCCCCAUUCAAUUUCAAGCCACCUGCACGCCAAGCUCCACCACGCAGCCUUUAGGAGGUGAUACUUCUGUUCAAGGACAAGCAAAAAUGGAGUAAUAACAGGCUGUGUUGUUGCGACAGGUUGUUCACAAGAUGCCCUUCAAAACUGCCCAAAUCCGCCUUGUGAGUUCUCAUUCUGAGGUUUAUGAACCGUGUGACGAUUCGUUUGCUCUAGUCGAUGCAUUGCUAGCAGACCGAUCUAACCUAAUAGAACAUAAACCGAAAUUUUGUAUGGAAGUGGGUUGUGGAAGUGGCUAUGUUAUCACUUCUCUUGCUCUUCUUCUUGGGCAUGAGUUUCAUGGGAUUCACUAUUUCGCCACGGAUACCAACCCACAUGCAGUGAGAGUGACUCGUGAGACAAUGGAAGCGCACGGGGUUCAUGCUGAGUUGAUAUCCACUGACAUCGCUUCUGGGUUGGAGAAGCGUCUCGCCGGAUUGGUUGAUAUAAUGGUUGUGAACCCACCUUAUGUCCCGACCCCUGAAGAUGAAGUCGGUCGUGAAGGAAUAAUCUCUGCUUGGGCUGGAGGAGAGGAUGGCCGUAGUGUUAUUGACAGGAUAUUGCCUGUUGCUGAUAAUCUUUUAUCUCGUAAAGGCUGGUUAUACCUUGUUACUCUUGAAUCAAACCAUCCCUUGCAGUUAUGCCUUCAAAUGAGAGAAAGGGGAUAUGCUUCUAGGAUUGUCGUACAAAGAUCAACAGAUGAAGAAAGUCUUCAUAUAAUCAAAUUCUGGCGGAAUUUCGAUAAAGAGUGAAAAUGAAAUUAAACAGUUGCAGAGCAUUUGUUUCAUUCCCUUUUUUGAGGGGGCUUCAAUUUUCUGCACUAUACUGCUAUGGAAAUCACUUUUACAGAAGUAAAUUAUAUGAAUGAUGAAGUGGUGAAAGGUUUUUAUGCGCUUUUAAAAUGCGUUUGGCAUAUGGGAAAAACUUAUUUGAUUAUUGAAAAGCAAUGAAGAUGUUUCUUAUAGAAGUUAUCGUGUCUUUUAUCCUCUAUAAUAUUGUGUUCUUACUCA